AUGUCAACAAUCACGCUUGGCCGCUACCUUUGGGAAAGGCUGCAUCAAGUCGGUGUUGAUACCAUUCUCGGAGUUCCAGGAGACUUUAACCUCCAGUUCCUCGAUUACAUCUACGAAGUGGAAGGCCUGAGAUGGGUCGGAAAUGCGAAUGAGCUCAACGCCGCCUACGCCGCCGACGGCUAUGGUCGUGUCAAGGGCGUGCCGGGUGUUGUCGUCACCACUCACGGCGUCGGUGAGCUCAGUGCCCUCAAUGGCAUCGCCGGCGCACACAGCGAGCAGGUCAAAGUGAUCCACGUCGUCGGCCAAACCACGAGGAAGAUGCAGCAGGAGCGCAUGUUGAUACACCACGCCAUCAGCAACGAUCCCGACCACAAGGUCUACAGCAAGAUGUCGAAGCUAGCGCGGGUGGCCGAAGCAGAGCUCGACGACAUCAACACCGCCCCCGCAGAAAUCGACCGCGUCAUCCGCGAAUGCUUCCUCCAAUCCCGCCCCGUCUACAUCUUCCUCCCCCUCGACCUCUCCCAAGAAACCGUCCCCGCCACCCUCCUCUCCAAACCCAUCGACCUCUCCCCCCCAAUCUCGCCGCCCUCCCAAUCCGCCGCCGCCUCCGCCAUCCUCGCCUUCCUCCGCGCCGCCCGCCACCCGGCCAUCUACAUCGACUGCCUCACCCAGCGCCACAACGCCGUCGCCGAGGCGCGCGCGCUCGUCCGCGCCCUCCGCCUGCCCGUCUUCGCCUCCAACAUGGGCAAGUGCAUCGUCGACGAGUGCGACCCCCUCUUCGUCGGCACGCUCAACGGCGCGCUCGCCGCGCCGGGCGUCGCCGACGCCCUCGCCGCCCGCGACGCCGUCCUCGUCCUCGGCGACCUCCCGUGCGACACCAACACCGGCGCCUUCACGCGGCCCAUCGAUCUGGGCAACGCGGCGGUCGUGAAUCCGUUCGACGUGCGGAUCAAAGGCGAGACGACGUUCGCGGGCACGUACAUGAAGCCGCUGCUGGCGGAGCUGGCGGAGCGCGCGGCCGGCGGCGGAUCAGAGCCCGAUGACGGGAAUUGGCCGCCGAGGGAGAUGCCGGCGCUGCCGCGCCUGGAGGACUGUCCGGACCACCCCGCGCAUCCGCGCAACUGCGCGUAUCAGGCUUUCCCCGAGCAGACGAUCACGCACGAGUGGGUGUGGCGGACGAUCGCGGACGGGUUUUUGAGGGAGGGCGACGUGGUGAUUCCGGAUACGGGGACGAGCACGUUUGGGUUGGCGGACGCGAAGUUUCCUGUGCGGAAUGUGAGGUUCGUCGCCCAAACCUACUACGGCUCCAUCGGGUGGUCCGUCCCCGCGGCGCUGGGGUCGGAGCUCGCGCUCGAGGAGAUGGCCGCGGCCAAGCAGCGCGCAGGCGCGCCCGACGCGCGGUUCGCGCGCGGCCGGACGCUGCUGUUCGUCGGCGACGGCAGCCUCGGCCUGACGGUGCAGGAGCUGGGCACCAUGGUCCAGCAGGGCACCAAGCCCAUCGUCUUCAUCAUCAACAACAAGGGGUACACGAUCGAGCGCAUCAUCCACGGCGCAAACUACUCCUACAACGACGUCAACCGCCUCUCCUACCAGCACCUCCUCCCGCUCUUCCAGCACCCCAGCCCGGACACGUGCUACCGCCGCUGCGCCAGCAAGCACGAGCUCGUCGCCGCCCUCGCCGACCCCGAGCUGCGCGACCCCGAGCGCCUGCAGGUCGUCGAGGUCGUCAUGGACCGCCUCGACGUGCCGUGGCGGCUGAUGGAGAUCAUUCGGUCGCGCGCGGGUAAAGGGGAGGAGCUGAGGGGGGAGGGGUUCUUUGGGCAGGAUUGA